UGACAUUUGCCCAUUACGAGAUAUCACAACCAUAACCACAACAUCGCCUUAAAUUCAUUUAAUUCCCUUAAUUUCUUCUAAAAAUGGCCUCAGAUACCGGUGGUGUAAAACCUAUGCCCAUCGCGGGGCGUAUGGUCCGCGAACGGGAGCGUUUAAUUGGUAUGUCAGAAGCUGAAAGAGCCUGGAGAGCAAAGUGGCUUAAAAGUCAAGUUCUGGCAGCUGAUGAACCCAGAUACGUCCCCGAAUACUGGAAAGAACGCACCAACCCUAUUCGUAGAUUUUACAAAUACCCCUUGGACAGGUUUCAAGAGUACCUGGAACCUAAAAUCGUUUUGUUCCACUUUUCUAAUAAAUUUAAAUGGUUUUGGAGUAACUCAGAUGCAGGACUGGAAUCUAUGUGGCUGGCUAGAAUGCACGUAUCAUCAGCAAACGUAGCGAUCAAAGUGUUAGUUGUUAUUGGUAUGUCAGAUGUGUAUAUUAAAAAUAGAAUUGGCCCCAAGACGCUUCCUUGUGGAACACCUGAGGAAACUGUCUUAUUUGAUGAUUCAGUGUCUAAAAUAUUUACAUAA